UGGGCUUGAUUAUUUCUAAGUUCACAUUUGAAAAAAAAUAAGAAGAAAAACGAAAAAGGAGAAAAUGGCAAAUGGAGAGAGUGAACUUUACUUUGUUUUUAUGAACUACGAUCCUGAAUACGAGCGUCUUCGAUCCAAAAGAAAAAAGAAGGAAAGCUAUGAACUGGAUGUGUACAUAAGCAAGAAACAUGAUGAGUUGUUAGCAAAUACCUUUGAGCCAGGCAGCUAUAUAAAGAGAUUGUCUUUGGUUAUUGUUGAUGGAUUUGCUGUUGAAAUCACUGAGGAUCAGGCCAAUGUGCUUAGAUCUGCAAAAGAAGUGAGGGUUGUGGAGAAAAAUCAAGAGCUUGCAUAAUGGCUUGGAUGGUUAUUAUUAUUAUUGAGCAAUUUAAUAUAUAGAUUUAAAAAUUUCCCCACCCCCAACAAAAAAAAUGAGAAGAGAAAAGACAAUAGAUGUGGUGGUGAUGUUUGGGGUGGGGUGGGAUGAGGUUGGGGUGAUAUGUUUUAUUAGUGCUUCAUAUUAUGAGCUAAUAAUGUAAGUAAAUUCUUUAUUAAUGUUACUCAUAUACUCUAA